GGCGUGUGGCGGGCGGCGCCGCGGGCACCAUGGGCAACUGCCACACGGUGGGGCCCAACGAGGCGCUGGUGGUGUCAGGUGGCUGUUGCGGCUCUGACGUAAAGCAGUAUGUGUACGGAGGCUGGGCCUGGGCUUGGUGGUGCAUUACUGACACCCAAAGACUGUCUUUGGAGGUUAUGACCAUCCUCUGUCGCUGUGAGAAUAUUGAGACGUCGGAGGGGGUCCCACUGAUUUCCCUAGAGAUAAUGACGUUACAGCCCAGGUGUGAGGACGUAGAGACGGCGGAGGGGGUAGCUUUAACUGUCACAGGUGUGGCACAGGUGAAGAUAAUGACCGAGAAGGAGCUCCUGGCUGUGGCCUGCGAGCAGUUCUUGGGCAAGAACGUGCAGGAUGUGAAGAACGUGGUCCUUCAGACGCUGGAGGGGCAUCUGCGCUCCAUCCUAGGUACCCUGACAGUGGAGCAGAUCUACCAGGACAGGGAUCAGUUUGCCAAGCUGGUGCGGGAGGUGGCAGCUCCUGACGUGGGUCGCAUGGGUAUCGAGAUCCUGAGCUUCACCAUCAAGGAUGUCUACGAUAAAGUGGAUUACCUGAGCUCUCUGGGAAAAACUCAGACUGCAGCUGUUCGAAGGGAUGCAGACAUCGGCGUGGCAGAAGCCGAGCGAGAUGCUGGCAUUCGGGAGGCAGAGUGCAAGAAAGAAAUGCUGGAUGUCAAGUUCAUGGCAGAUACCAAAAUAGCAGAUUCCAGACGAGCUUUUGAAUUGCAGAAAGCUGCCUUCAGUGAGGAGGUCAACAUUAAGACUGCGGAGGCCCAGCUGGCCUACGAGCUCCAGAGCGCCCGGGAGCAGCAGAAGAUCCGUCAGGAGGAAAUUGAAAUUGAGGUGGUACAGCGCAAGAAGCAGAUCGAUGUCGAAGAGAAGGAGAUCAUCCGGAUGGAGAAGGAGCUGAUAGCCACCGUGAAGCGGCCGGCUGAGGCUGAAGCCUACCGUAUACAGCAGAUCGCCGAGGGCGAGAAGGUGAAGCAAGUCCUCAUCGCUCAGGCGGAGGCAGAAAAGAUCCGCAAGCUCGGGGAAGCAGAGGCCUUUGUGAUUGAGGCCAUCGGGAUGGCGGAGGCUGAGAGGAUGAAGCUGAAGGCUGAAGCGCUCCAGCAGUAUGGAGAAGCUGCCCAGCUGGCUCUAGUGCUGGAUGCGCUGCCUGAGAUUGCUGCCAAAGUGGCUGCUCCCCUCUCCAAAGUGGACGAGAUCGUUAUUCUCAGCGGAGAGAGCAGCAGCACAACGUCCGAGGUGAACCGUCUGCUGGCCGAGAUCCCUGCCUCCGUGCGUGCCAUCACUGGCGUGGAUCUCACAAAGAUUCCCCUGAUCCAGAAAGCCACCGGGGCCCAGGCAUGAGGCUGGCCAACCCAAAGCUAGUGAAGAUCACUCCCUGUUAUGCACUCAGACAUCAACUGCCUUCAACACAUGGGAAUUCCUUUUAUAUCAAAGACAAUUGGAGUUUCAUUUUUAAGCUCUGGUGCCUUAUUUUGUAGGGCCAGAAAGAUGCAUGUCCAAUCAGCUGCUCUUUUUAUUACAAAGGGUGGGAGGGGAUUUAUUUUGUAACUCGCUGUAUAUUAUAUCAGGCCGGGGUUUGGAUCCGAUCCCCAGUUGUAUCUGGCAGCUUGUCUGGUGUUGCGAUCCCGGUGCCUCGCUGUUCUCUGUCCUCGGGCGGCCGCCCAGAGCUCGGAGCAGAGGCUCGGUGGAACGCGGAGUGUGGAGCUGUAGGAAGAGAACAGCCACGACCCACCUCCCCUGGGCUCCCUGCCCUCCUGCAGCGACCCCCCUGGGCACUGCCCGACCCCUGCCUCUGCCCACAAACUGUUUUUGUGGCUGGUUUUCCCCGUCGUGAGUGUCUUGCCUGCAGAGCCCCCCCCCAGUGCUAGCAGUCCUACCUAGGCUGGGCUUCCCGGAGGUCGCAGUCACCCCACUGGGAGGGUGACAAUCGGGCACUGCCAGUGGGUGCUGCAGUUGGUGCCCGCUCCCUCCUGUGGUGCCUUCCCUUGGGGAAGUUUCCUCCCAGGAUCGGGAGGGGGGAGAGCUCCGGGGGCUGAUGGAGUAUUAGCGGAGGGAGCCCAGCUCAGGCUUGGUGAGGUCCCUCCACCAGGAAUGCCAAAAAAUAGCCUUGUGCCAAACCCCCCAUGCUCUGAGAGGGAGGAGAACCGGCCGCAGCUGCUGUCCCCAGGGCCGUGGUACAUCUCCCCCCUGACAAAGCCACGGGUCAGAGGAACGCGGGGGACGGGCCAGGGCGCUGCGGUGCAGAUGGGCUCCUCCGGCACCGUGGGCUGUACAGCUGGCCGGGGACCGGUGCCCCCAUGCCGUGGCCAUGAGGCUGGCAAGCAGCCGUGCUGGCUGGGGGAUGCCCCGGAGGCAGUGCAGAAGCCCCUGCCUCACCCCCCCGUGCCUCUUGCGGCCAGUGGCUUUGCUGCCCUGAGUGACAAUGUGAAAGAAGUUGUCCCCUGUGUGUGUCCCACCCUCCCCACAGUGCCACCGGGGCCCUGCGCUGCCCUGCGCCCCUUCCCGGCCUGUCUCGUCGCCUGUGCUCAGUGUGGCUGCAGCACCCAAACCCACGUGUGAAGUCAGCCUGGCGCUGCUGUGAGGUGGGGUGGUGACCUGUGCACCAGGGUGCUGAGGGUCCCUGCGCUGGCUCCUUCACCCACAGCUCGAUUGCAGUAGGGUGGGGGCAGGGACCCCAAUCCCCUCCGCCCUCCCCGCAGUGUCCCCGUACUGGCCAGUCCCUUUGCUGGGGGUGACCCGCUGUGGGGUGGAUGGGUGCUGCGGGGUGGAUGGGUGCUGCAGGACCGGCAGCACCCCGUCCCCCUCCCUGCUGCCGGGGUGCGGAGGACCGGUGUUAUCAGCCCCUGCUUGUGCUUGUGCCACGGGGCCGUCGGCACAGAUCUGGCGCUUGCUGGCAGGCGUGCCGGGCGAGGCGCCCUAUCUGCAUGUGCGUGUGCAUGCCUGCGUCCCUGCGACCGUCACUGCUGUACGAUAAUAAAGCCUUGUCACCACC